AUGUCGUAUUUUGCCAGCAAUGUACAAAAGAGGAAGGAGUUUGCAGACCUAUAUCACGUAAAGCAGCGCCCUGCAGAUUCACUACCGGAGUUCCUCAACAAAUGGAAGCGCGAAGUAUUGGGGGUCGCCAACUUCGAUGACAGAGCAGCCAUAAUAAUCUUUAGGAAUAACUUGCGGUCCGGCCCGUUUUACCGGGACCUCAUCCGGUACCCCCCCAAGACCUACAACGAGCUGAUGGAUAGGGCCACAAGGUUCGCAGAGGCAGAAGUGGCUGAGAAGCGAAAGAAGGAGGAGGAGGAGGGGAGGAGUCGGAAAGACAAAGCACCCCAAGAGGAGCGCUGGGCACCAAGGCCACCCUGCCGCGAGUUUGUCGAGGGGCUUCGGUUAACCCCUACGCGUUUCCUCACCCCCUUAACACAGCCCGUAAGCACCAUCUUGAACCACGCGGAAGGCCAAGGGAUCGUGCAGUACCUAGGGGAGUGCAUGAAGAUAUCCCCCAAGGUGGACCCCAAUAAAUAUUGCAGGUUCCACCACCAGACAGGGCACGACACAGACGAAUGCAUCCACCUCAAACGUCAAAUCGAGGACCUCAUCCAAAGGGGGUACCUCGGCCAGUUUGUCAAGAGGCCGGGGGGCCAGGGCCAGGCACACCAUAAACGAGAACUGGGUCACCUCACUGAGGAUGAGGAGAAGGAGCUCGACAACCCCGCACCCCAGAAGAAACAGGCCAUCCACGUUAUCUUUGGGGGGCCAGAAGGUGGGGACACGCCGACAGAACGAAAGAGGUGGGCGAGAAGCCUAUAUGUUGGAGAGGUCGUGCGACCCCCGCACGAGAACAGGCCGAGGCGUGAACCUAUCGUGUUCACAGAUGCUGACCUACCUGAUAGCCCCCUCCCCCAUCGUGACGCCCUAGUAAUCAAGGUGGAAAUCAGUGAUGUGAUAGUGCACCGGGUGCUCGUGGACACAGGCAGCUCGGUAAAUGUCAUGUACUACGACACGUUCACCCAGCUGGGCCUAUCGAGAAAGCAGUUGGGGCAAGUGCGGACCCCUUUAGCGGGCUUCACAGGGGACUCCAUUGAGACGGAGGGUCCAUAA